CACUUGGAGCACGAUCUUUCACGAGCUUAAGAACAUGGGUGCGGACAAGUUGCCCGAAAUUCGCAAUCUUGGUGAAGUGGUUGAACCCUACUUUUCUGGGGCCCGCCUCCUUAACUACCAGACAAGCAGUCUGACAAAACCGGGGGAUAACUACGGAAGCGUUCUCCUGGCAAUUCAUGCCCAGCUGCAGAAAUCCAAUGGCGAGGAGUUUGAGGAGCAGCUGGUGGCUAAAGUGCCUCCGACCGACCCACAGUACUGGCAGUUUUUUCAGCCUGAGCGAACUUGCCUCGCAGAGAACGCCUUUUACAAGAUUUUGGCCCCUGCCCUGGCCGUCCUUCAAGAUGAAGCCGGCGUUCCUUCCGAGAGCCAAUUUAAAGGAUUCCCCCGCUUCUAUGGCUGUCGCGAAUCCCUCGAAUCCAACUCCUCAAAGGUAGACCAAAAUGCCGUGUUAGUGCUGGAGAAUUUGCGCAGCAGUGGCUACGUCUCCAGCCAGAGGCUAAAAGCCUUCGAUCUGGCCCAUACGCUGCUAGCCCUUAAAUAUAUGGCCGAGUUCCACGCCCUUCCUCUGGCUCUGCGAAUUCUCAGACCAGAGAUGUUCCGGGAACAGGUGCAGCCCUUUUUCAAAAAGUUCGAUUGGCAUGCUGAAGCACCCGAGUGGAAGUCCGUAAUGAAGGCAGAGACUUUGGAGGACAUCCGUCGAGCCACCAACAACGAUUCCAGACUAGUAGCCCGUAUGAAAGAGUUGUCUGACCAAUUUUUUGAAUUCUUAGCUGCCGCCCCAGAUAGACCCGAUGGGCCAUUUACCAGCAUUAUACACUGUGAUUUCUGGAUAAAUAAUAUGAUGUUUCGUUAUGGGCCCUCGGGAACACCCAUCGAACUGAAAAUUAUUGACUUUCAGACGGCACAGUACGAUUCAGUGGUGCAUGACAUAAUCUCGUUUUUGCUAUCAAGCGUUGAUACGGCUAUCUUGGAGGUAGAGUUUGAACACAUGUUGGAGGCCUACUAUGAGGCCUUUGUGUGUUGUCUGCGCCGUGUAGGAGCAUAUUUGGGGGUACACACUUUCAAAGCGUUCCGACUGGAAGUGAAGCGGGUGGCGUAUAUUCAAGUUCCCCACGCCAUCUUUAUGACGCGCUUUAUAUUGGCGGACAGCGGGCUGAGCGGCGAUGCAGAGGCUGAGGUAUGCCCCAAGCUUGGGGACGUGCUGAAGAAUACGGGAUCUGAGCGUAUUAGCCGCAAAUUAAGCCAAAUUCUGAACUUGGCCCAAAAGUUUGACAUAUUGUACUAGGGCAAUAAAUUGACCCGCAAA